UUUCAGUUUCGGUCCAACUCCCACUAACAUGUCAGGGGCCUCUCAGGUAUCUGGAUCCUUCGUGGCUGCAGACUAUGUGGUGUUUGCCCUCAUGCUGGUGGUUUCGGCUGCCGUUGGGGUCUACUACGCCUGGACGGACAGGAAACAGAGAAGCUCCGGGGAUUUCCUAAUGGGGGGCCGACGACUGACCGCUCUGCCCGUCUCCUUGUCCCUGACCGCCAGCUUCAUGUCAGCCAUCACAGUGCUGUCCCACCCAGCCGAGGUGUACCGCUAUGGAGCCAUUGUUGUAUUUCAUUGUGUCUCUUAUUUAAUGACGGUGUUGGUCACAUCAGAGGUUUUUCUGCCCGUUUUCUACGAACUGUCCAUCACCAGCACAUAUGAGUAUCUGGAGCUGCGUUUCAACCGCGCAGCUCGUCUGCUGGGAACGCUCCUCUUUGUUGUUCAGACGAUCCUCUACACUGGAAUUGUUAUUUACACUCCAGCUCUGGCUUUAAACCAGGUGACGGGUUUGGAUCUGUGGGGUGCCGUCGUUUCUACAGGAGUGGUCUGUACCUUCUACUGUACUGUGGGUGGUCUGAAGGCAGUGGUGUGGACUGAUGUGUUUCAGCUCGGAGUGAUGCUUGCAGGGUUCCUGGCUGUUAUCAUCAGAUCUGUGAUGUUACAAGGAGGCGUCACCAGCAUCCUCUCAGACUCCCAGCAUGGAGGAAGACUCAACUUGUGGGACUUUGAUACAAACCCUCUGAGGAGACACACUUUUUGGACUGUAACAGUCGGAGGAACGUUUAUCUGGAUCAGCAUUUAUGGGAUCAACCAGGCUCAGGUUCAGAGAUACAUCUCCUGCAAGAGCAUCACUCACGCCAGACUGUCCUUGUUUAUCAACCUGUUAGGCCUGUGGUCCAUCCUGCUCUGCUCAGUGUUUGCAGGAUUGUGUCUGUAUUCAGUCUACAAACACUGCGACCCUUGGAACACCGGACUGAUCUCUGCUCCGGAUCAGUUGAUGCCAUUCUUGGUGAUGGAUAUCUUGGGAGACUAUCCUGGCCUUCCUGGACUGUUUGUUGCAGCAGCGUAUAGUGGAUCCCUGAGCACUGUGUCCUCCAGCAUCAACGCUCUGGCUGCAGUGACAGUGGAGGACCUCAUCAAACCGUACAGAAACAUCUCAGAAAAACAUCUGUCCUGGAUCUCUAAAGGGCUGAGUUUUCUCUAUGGGGUGUUGUGCAUUGGGAUGGCUGGACUGGCUUCAGUCAUGGGAGGAAUCUUGCAGGCAACCAUCAGUAUAUUUGGGAUCAUUGGAGGUCCUUUACUUGGACUGUUCACGUUGGGCAUCGUCUGUCCAUGUGCCAACUCCAAAGGAGCAUUAUCAGGUCUAGUAUCAGGCCUGGUUGUGUCUCUAUGGCUCGGUAUCGGUGCCCAGAUUUACCCUCCUCCUCCUGACAUGAGCCGACCUCUAUCACUAACCACUGAGGGUUGUAACUUCACUACCACGACUGGUUUCAACUGGACCUCCACUGCUCUCCCAGCACAACCAAGUUCUACAGCACCAGCGCACACUGAGAGCAAGUCUCUGCUGGCAGACUGGUACUCUCUGUCCUACCUUUACUUUAGUCCAAUUGGAACCAUAGUAGUCAUCAGUGUGGGACUGAUAGUCAGCGUGCUUACAGGUGGCUGUAAGACGAAAGUGGAAUCAAGGCUGACAUUAGCGAAGGAAGACACAACUCUUUAUCACUUUUUCAAGUUUCUAAAAGACAGAAUCAUGAGACGAAGAGGAAAGCUUGACCUCAAAAAGGACGGAGAGAAGAAAUUUGGCAACACUAAUCCUGGUUUCUGUGAUGUUGAGCUGGACUUAACCAAAAGCAGUGUUCCCUCAUGAAAUAUAACCAAUGUUUGUUAUAUAAGUUUGUGGUUUGAAUGUCUUUUUCUCUAUAAGAAAAAUCAAUAAAGAAAUGUGACCGUU